CUCGGAGUCCUACAUCCAGUGAAGAGGAGAUGGCCCAGAGUUUCUCUGACGGCUCUGGAGGUUUUGAGACAGACAGCUCAAAGGAGGAGCCUGGCCAUGGAGGACCUGGAGGGGAAAGGGCUAGCAGGAGGACAGACAGGAGGGCAGAGAGGGACAGGGCUGCCCGUAGGGAGUCACUGGAAUUCUGUGUGGUCAUCCCUGACCUGCAGCAGUCUAAGUGUAUGAGGUUUAAGCCCGAGGCCACGGUGUGGGUUGCUAAGCAGCAGAUCCUGUGUACACUGACCCAGACUUUGAGGGACGUGCUGAACUACGGCCUCUUCCAGCCUGCUGUGGAGGGCCGAGAGUCCGGCUUCCUGGAUGAGGAGUGUGCCCUUAAAGACUACCCUACUCCCACCAACACGAAGGGGGUCCCCACUCUGGAGUUCCGUUACAAGAGCCGGGUCUAUCAACAGCCCAAUGUGAAUGAGAAGCAGAUCGCCAAAAUCCACACGCAGGCCAACUACAGGAAAUUAAUGGAUCACAUUCAGCAUCACCAGCUGGAUAAACUAGCAAAAAUGCUGGAGAAAGGCCUUGAUCCCAACUACCACGACCCAGACACUGGUGAAACUCCACUGACCUUCGCUGCCCACCUGGACAAUGUGGCUCAGGUCGUCGUUGUACUGAAACACGGUGGAGCACAUCUUGACUUCAGAUCACAAGAUGGGAUGACCGCUCUCCACAAAGCAGUCAGGGCAAAGAAUCAGGUCACACUGAAGGCUCUACUGGAACUAGGCGCCUCCCCAGACUACAAGGACAGUCAAAGUCUGACGCCACUGUACCACACAGUCCUGGUGGGAGGAGACUCAGGUUGCUGUGAGCUCCUGCUGAGGGCCCGCGCCACAGUCUCCUGCCACGACGAGAAUGGCUGGCACGAGAUACACCAGGCGUGUAGAUAUGGACAUGUCCACCACCUGGAGCAGCUGUUGUUCUAUGGAGCAGAUAUGGGUGUCAUGAACGCCUCUGGAAACACGGCUCUACACAUCUGUGCUCUAUACAAAGAGGAACACUGUGCCAGAGUACUGCUUGUUCGUGGUGCCAACAAGGAAGUGAAGAACUACAGAAGCCAGACACCAUUCCAGGUGGCCAUCAUCGCAGGAAACUUUGAAUUGGCAGAAUUAAUCAAGAACCAUAAAGAGACUGAUAUCGUGCCUUUCAAGGAGGCGCCGGCCCAACCCACCCGGCGCCAGCAGGCCCCACGGAGUACACUAGCUGCUCCACGGUCUAUGCUCCUACGCUCCAACAGCGACAACAACCUGAACGUGAACAACCGGUCACCCCUGUCCUCGCCGUGCCACUCUCCCCUUCGUAGCCUCUCCCCCCGUCGGCCCCAGCAGCAGCAGAUGCCCAGCCCCAAUGGAACAGUCAGGACCAUGGGGAAGGGGGCUCCCCGCCCUCCCCGUUCACGUUCGCCCUCCCUGGGGCGCCUGGGGGAGGAGACACCCAGACAGAUCCCCCAGCGCCAGCCCAGCCCACACAAGGGUCGGGAAGAGUUCACUGGUGGCACAGACCGCCAGGGGCCCCAGUGUAAGCUGUACAGUGCUGUGGCAGGGAAGCACUUUGUGGUGACUAAGUCCUACCAGCCACAGGCCGAAGGGGAGAUCACCCUGUACCAGAACGACAGGGUCAAAGUGCUCUCCAUAGGUGAGGGUGGUUUCUGGGAGGGCAGUGCCAGGGGUAACGUGGGAUGGUUCCCAGCAGAGUGUGUGGAGGAGACCCCUAACCAAGAGGAAAGACCAUAUGCCCGAGCAGACAGGGCUGAGAGGAGGAAGCUUUUCAGGCACUACACCGUGGGGUCCUACGACAGCUUUGAUGCAUCAAGCAACUGUGUUAUUGACGAGAAGACGGUAGUCCUACAGAAGAAGGAUAAUGAGGGAUUCGGGUUUGUGCUGCGAGGGGCGAAAGCGGACACGCCCAUCGAGGAGUUCACCCCUACACCCGCCUUCCCCGCCCUGCAGUACCUGGAGUCUGUGGACGAGGGCGGGGUUGCAUGGCGGGCGGGGCUUCGCAACGGAGACUUCCUCAUCGAGGUGAACCAGGAAAAUGUUGUGAAGGUGGGCCACAAGCAGGUGGUCAAUACGAUCCGACACGGGGGCAACCGGCUCAUCAUCAAAGUGGUGACAGUUAGCAGGAAUCUGGACCCUGAUGACACGGCCAGGAAGAAAGUGGCCACACCUCCACGUAGGACUCCUCCCGCUGCCCUGUCCAUGGCCAUGCGCUCCAAAUCCAUGACCUCAGAGCUGGAGGAGCUAGAUAAAGUGGGAGAGAACAUGCCUCCUCAGAAGCCCACGUGGGACAACUCUAACACUGACAUAAGGGUCGCAAACACGGUCAAAACGCGGCCCAACAGCAGGUGCUUGGCCAUGAACCCAGAGAUGAAUUCCAUGUGUGAGAGUCAGGACGUGUCGAUGCAGACCCAGCCCAGAGAGCCAGGCAGCCCCAGAGGUCGAGGCCCCUUCCUGGGGGUGCCAAACAGACAGGGGACCAUGAGACGACAAAAGUCCAUAGGAACAUCUGGAAUAACAGAAGAGGACGCCCCUCAGUUCCUGACCCCUCCCAUGUUGAAAUUCACCAGGAGCCUAUCAAUGCCAGACACAACAGAGGACAUCCCACCCCCUCCCGCUAUCUCUCCUCCAUCUCCCCCUUACAACAACGACCCCAACCCCCAGGGCAGAGGCUACGGCACUAUCAGACACACUGUUCCCAAAGGCACCGCCCCUGAGCGAGGGGGGGAUCCCAACACGGGCGGCGGUGACGGAUGGAGGGAACAGGGGGGUAUGUACCACACAGAGCCCCAGUCGGAACAGUAUCAGUCUGAGGACCACCACCACCACCAGGGUAGCCAGAGUCCAGGCCAAGGCCUCACAGCCCAGCAGAGCUUCCUGAACCGCAGGGCCCAGAUCCCAGAGAACCCAUACUCAGACCUGGGGAAGAUGGGCAACCUGGGCCUGUUUGCCCCCAGCAAACCUCAGAGGAGGAAGGGCAUGCUGAUGAAGCAGAACAAGAUUGAGGACAGCCCAGAGAAGACCUGCACCAUUAAAAUCCCAACCAUCAUCAUCAAGGAGCCGUCUACAUCCAGCAGUGGGAAGAGCAGCCAGGGCAGCAGCAUGGAGAUAGAGACUGGAUCCCAUGACCACCCGGGACAACUCCGUCCGGACGACGGACACAACCCCAGCAGUCCCUUUGCCACGGCCAUGGCGGGCGCAGUGCGGGAACGUGAGAUGAGGAUGGUGGAUUCUCACCAGAACUCCCCAUCCUACAGGUUCACUGACCAGGGUGAAGAAGACUCGUCUCCCGCGCCUGCGCCUCGCCUCCGCCACUCCAAGUCCAUUGACGAGGGAAUGUUCAGUAGUGACGAGCGCCUGCGUCGCCUCAUGGCCCCACCUGCCUCACUACUCAGCAUCCCCAGAAGAGGGGGUAACGUGACGGUCUUCAAAACCCCGGAGACCACUGUUGUGAGAGAGCCGCUCCACACGCGCACUGGCCACCACAGCCCGGUCAGUCUGCCCGCCAAGACCUAUACCUCCAGUAGUGGGCGCUACGUCCACCCAGUCACAGGGAAGCCUUUGGACCCCAACUCCCCUCUGGCCCUGGCUCUGGCUGCACGGGACCGGGCCAUGAGAGAGCAGUCCCAGCCACUCCCGCUGAAGACCGAACCACCUAAACCUGACCUGAACAAGCCUCUGUUCAUCGACACCAAGCUGAGGACCGGCAUGGGCGCAAAUUUCUCCUCGACCGCCACCAUGGGUCGACCGGGCAGGGCGGGGCUUCGUAGGCAGAUGACAGAGGCAAAGUACGAGACAGAGUCCAAAUACGACCACCCGUUGGCCAAAGACAAGGACAAUAGUCUAUCCCGUCCUCAGAGAGAAGAGGAGAAGAAGAACAUGUUGAUAGACAUUGGUGACACGUCUCAGCAGAAGUCACCUGGGUUGCUGAUGGUCCACACCACUGACGAGAAUAACCUGUCUGAGGGGGAGAGGGACGCGGCGGUCAGUCCAGACAGCACCCCCAGUGAGCUCCGGGACCCCAACCAACCUAACAUCCUCAAAAUGGCCUCCCCUAACCCCCAUAACCCCCACUCUAUGGGCCCUGGACCCAGAGGUAGUAAGACCAUGAUCACCGUCACCUCAGUGGACGAGCCGGUCAAACUACCCUUCGGUAUCCCCCCUCCACCCUGCGUUCCCUCCGUGGACAUCGACGAUGAGUUCUUUGCUGACCCACUGCCACCGCCGCUCGAGUUCGCCAACAGCUUCGACAUCCCAGAGGACCAAAAGGGGGCGAUUGCUGAGCUCCUGAAACAGCAACGAAACGCUGGCAGGGCACCAUCGUCUCUAGCCCCCUUCUAUCCCUAUCACGGUAACACCCCAGGCCACCCUGACCAGACUAUGAUCAAACGGCCUGCGGUGCUCACCAACUGUACGCCCCCCUGCUUCCCCCACGCCCUCUUGGAGAGCUACGAUCCUAUCAGUGACUCUGGCAUUGAUGUGGAGCCGGACAGCCGCAGUAUUGGAGACCCCCAGCUGGAGACUACAAGCACUAUGUCCACCGUAUCCAGUAUCUCCACGCUGUCGUCCGAGGGUGGCGAGGUGCUGGACAACACAUGUACAGUCUAUGCAGACAGACAGGCCUUUCUGGUGGACCGGACUUCAAAGUCAAGAACCAGGCAACCUGCCGCAAACAAGAGCAACGCACUUUACAAGGACCCUGCCUUGAUGGAUAGAGAGGAGAACAUAAGAACUUUUGCUGCACCUUCCUCCGUCCCACCGCCUCCCCCCGGGGCCAGCGUCUCCUCAGAGCCCCCCAGAACACCAACUCAAAGAACCUCCAAGCUAUGGGGAGACCCUCCAGGCUCUAACCCCCAGGACAUGCAGAACAAGGACAGGACACCAAAGCCAGGAGAGGGGAUAGACUCUUCUUCCUCAGGAUGUAGGACUGUUUUUGGAUCAAGGGGUCCGGACAGUGGGUCCCUCUCCUCAGGUACACAGCGGAAUACCACAGUCUCUUUUGCUGCCCAGCUCCCUCCAAACGUGCCUGCCCCAUCUCCAAACCGACAGACCGAGAGCCCCUCCCACCACAGAGCCCCCAGCCCCAUCCUCUCCCCCCCAGACUCAGGCCUCGGCUGUGCCUCCUCUCUCCCUGCCACCUCUCCCACCCUUUCAGACGUGUUCGGCCUGCCCACCCCCCCUCUCAGCCUGGGCACGGGGAGCAGCCGCUCGCCCUCCCCCCUUACCCUCAUCCAGGCCGUCUCCAACAAGCCUUUUGCCACCAAGCCGGUUCUGAUGUGGAGCAAACACGACGUGGCCGACUGGCUGGAGAGCCUAAACCUGGCGGAGCACAGAGACACCUUUAUGGACAACGACAUCGAGGGCAGCCACCUGCCUAGCCUGCAGAAGGACGACCUCAUAGACCUAGGGGUGACCAGGGUCGGACAUCGGAUGAACAUAGAGAGAGCUUUGAAACUUCUGAUGGACAGGAAUAUCCUCAUGUAUCCUGAAGAAAUUGCAACUUGAAACAGCACUGCAGUUUCCUGAAUAAGCAAGAAGGUCCCCCAGAGUGGGAUAGAGUGGUCCCAGGUGAGGCAGAGCUGCUCUGUCAGUAGGAAGGAAGGAAGGAAGUAGAUACACGGGAUGUGGCUGUGAUAUGGAAUAUACUACACUAUCAAACACAACAGCAGCUUAAUCGCUAUGGGAUUUACGGACUUCUGAAAUCAACCUAAUUUAAAUGCAUAACCAGAACCAGCUUCGUAGGGGUUUCAUAUUCUACUGUUUCUCAUUUAGAAAUUAUGCGGGGAAUAUCUUUUUAGGAAAAAGGGGAAAACAUUUACAGUAUGUAUGUGCACUUCUGCCUGUGAAAAUAAGCUUUCUCUCUAUCCCUUUUCACUGGGUUGUAGGUUGAUUUGAGAGACCAUACAGUGUAUUCUCAGACACAGACAUUUAUACCCAGAAAAGGAAAUCAAAGAUUAAAAUAAUUUCUAAAUUGGUACAGUAGCAAAGUUGUUGCCCUUCAACCUUAUUUCAAUAGCUGUUUUACUACUGGUCAUGUUUACUUGAGGGUUUUAAACACAGUACUGAAAAUGUAAAUUAAAUUGUUCAUAAAUCAUUAUACUGUCUUCCACAAGAAGCUGAACUGUGUGCCAACAGCUCCCCUUACUGUAGUCUCCUGAACAUGACAUGGCAGAGUGCUUGGCACUGGCAGUCAGGGCUUUCCAAUCGUUAUCAUCAACCGUCAUGAUUUCUUUCACAGUCUUCUAUGUCCUCUGAGAGGAAUAAUACAUACAUUAUCACAUUAGGUUAUUACUGUAUACCCUGAACUGAUGUUUAGGACUUUAGGAUUGAAGACACUAUCAGGAAUGAAUGGGGUCAAUUCCAUUUCAAUUAAAGGUAGGGUCAGCGAUAUGACGUAGAUGCACAACGUAAACAGCAUAGUGGGUCAAUUUUAUGCGACAACUUAGAGAGUUUGAUUGCGACACUCAGCUUCUCUGCUGUUUUGGUCCUGUGGCUACCACGUUGUAAGUGCAUGAAUCGAACCAGAGCACAUGCACAGAUACUGUGUGAGAGCGGAGUCUUGCAUCUUGCUCAUCGCAGAUUCUGCGGUGCUGCUCACUCAACGUCAUUUUGCGGACUCUGGAAGUAAACUAAAUUUCUAAUUCUACAAUUUUUGCAACGAGAAGCGUUGUGUAAAAUUGGAAAUGGAAUUAAAGUUUACUUCCUGAAUUGAAAAGGAAUUUACCCCAACACUGCAGAGUAAGGAUGUUUUUGAAGACAGAUAUCAGAAUGCACUUAUAUGGGAAAAAGUAGGUGAACAAACACUAAACCUGGUAUCAGAAGGAGCAGAGAUCAACUUGUUUGGCAAGCAAAGAGAGAUGCAGAUACCACUAGGAAUCAAUUUGGUAGGAAUGUUUACUUUUUGUGUAUGAUAAUUUAAGUAUUAGAGACGUAUUUCAUCUAUGAUGGUGUUUUGUUGAUGAGAAAGACAUUUGUAUGCAUCCACAAAGCUCAAAACCCACUGGCCAAAAACUGGUUGAAUCAAUGUUGUUUCCACGUCAUUUCAACCCCAAAAUUAAAUGUGAUGACGUUGAAUCAACGUAGAAAAGUGAUUUGAAUUGAAAAAAAGUAAUUAACGUAAAGGAAUUUAGUAUUUUUUACCUAAAUCCAAUGACAUUACAUUUUUGGUUGAUUUCACAUUGAAUUCAUGUUAGUUGACAACUCAACCAAAUGUAGAUCAAAACUUUAUAUUUAGUUGAGUUGAGCAUCAUUUCCCUCCAUGUUUUCGAGACAGGAUCUCUUCAUACUAUCACGAGUAAGUCCAAAAAGGCAGAAAUUCACUCAUCAUAAUGUGGAUGAGUUUAAAAUGUAGUUUAUUACACUUUCCACUGAGUUUGUCUGAAACGGGCUGAAGUUUUAUUUUCCACUCAGUUUGCGUUGGGUUAAUAUUCCGGAUCUUAACAGUUUAAACUUCUUGAUAUUUGAAUUUCUCGAGUAAAAGAAUGUGGGUGCUAGCUAAAAUCCCAAUGACAGUAUUUAUGGAAGGUUAUUUCGAAUCUACAUGUGCGUGGGAUCUAUUGGUUUGAUAGGGGGAAAACUGACCUUGAUAUGUCUGAUGACUGAUAUGCAUGACAUCACAGCAUUAAAGUUCUAGUCCGUAGAAAUAGUCCACAGAAACCGUAGAUAUAGAAUUAAUUAUAUUUCUAUGGUAAUGACUCCGACCAUCUUUCGACUUGAGGGCACACUUUGAGAUGAGAUCUUAUGUUAAGAACCACAGGAACAGGAAGGAACACAGUAUUUUUGAUGAUGUAGAGAUUUUUAUCAUGAGGGUAUAUUCCUAUCUGUGUUGUCGCCAUAUCAACCCUGAGGUGUGGUUAGGUUUUCUGAAAAGCAGCGAAAUAUGGUUAAGAAGCAAUAUAAUAUACAUUCUGUUUCAAGUAGAUGUUAUUUUUAUUUUCCAGGUGAAUAAUUAUACAUGUAACAGGAUUUCAAGUCUCUAUUUUUAAAAUUGAUAUAACUAAUUGUGUUAUAAUCCAUAUUCCUAUAGAGCAUAUUUGAAAUCUUUUAGCAAUUGAUAGUCACAUGUUUUGACUAAGCCUCUGUAAUUAUUAAAUUAUUAAUUAUUAAAAGCUGAUAUAAAUUGA